UGACUCCUCAGCGCCGCUGAGCGCUGCGUCGGGUUCGGGCUGAGGGGAGCUGACGUCUCGUUGCUGCCGUUUGGUUGUAGCUAUGGGUUCCCGGGCGUCUACGCUGCUCCGAGAUGAGGAGAUCGAGGAGAUCAAGAAGGAGACGGGCUUCUCCCACAGUCAAAUCACUCGCUUGUAUAGUCGCUUCACCAGCCUAGACAAAGGAGAAAAUGGCACUCUUAGCCGUGAAGACUUCCAGCGGAUUCCAGAGCUUGCCAUCAAUCCUCUGGGAGACCGAAUUAUCAAUGCCUUUUUUUCAGAAGGAGAGGACCAAGUGAAUUUCCGUGGAUUCAUGAGGACACUAGCCCACUUCCGGCCCAUAGAAGAUAAUGAAAAGAGCAAAGACCAGAAUGGACCAGAACCACUGAACAGCCGAAGUAACAAGCUCCACUUUGCUUUUCGGUUAUAUGAUCUAGAUAAAGAUGACAAGAUUUCCAGGGAUGAGCUUCUUCAGGUGUUACGGAUGAUGGUCGGUGUCAACAUCUCAGAUGAGCAGCUUGGCAGCAUUGCUGACAGGACAAUCCAGGAAGCUGAUCAAGAUGGGGAUUGUGCCAUCUCCUUUGCAGAGUUUGUAAAGGUUUUGGAGAAGGUGGAUGUAGAGCAGAAAAUGAGUAUUCGAUUUCUUCACUGAUGGAUGGAGAACCUAUUCCUUUCUACCCUUACUAUACAAUGAAUAGAACUUCAUUAUUUCCUUACCACCUUCCCCCAAAGCAUUGUUACUGGUGCAUAUAAAAUACAUCUCCAACCCUUCACUGGUUUGUUCUACCAAUGUGAACAUUCCCUGUGCAUCAGGAACUAAGAGAAAUAGCUGCCAUGGAACUUGGAAAGGAGCAUUAAAAAAAAAAAUCCUUCCAUUUUUAAUUUUUACUUCUUCCCUUGUCUCCUUUUGCAUUAUGAGUAAAUGUUUCUCCUUCCUGUGUACUGCAGUUUAAUCUACAAACUGAUUCUUCUGAGCUCUGAAUCUGAGAAUGGAAAAAGGAAAAUGCCACAGAAAUGCCUUCUGAAACACUUUGAAGACGAGCAUCUACUCAAAUACUAAGUGCAGAGAUAAUUGUUCACCUUUGUUUCCAGUAGUGGCUUCACAUCAUAACUAUCUCUUUCUUCCUUAGUUGGCUCUUUAUAUUUUUUUUUCUUCCCUGCUUUCAAAUCUUGACUUCUACGAAAAGACGAUACAGUUCUUAUGCCAUUGUUGCAAAACUAGCAGAGAAUGCAUAGUAACAGUCCAGAGGUAUGGUGUGGAGACUUUCUUCUUUUGGGGAUUGAUUCACAGUAGGAGAAUAGGCACAGUAGGAGAAUGUGUGGUGGAGAUGGACAGUGGUGUCCUCAAAGGAAAUAGGAGCUCUGCACUAAGUCACUUAAAUUGUUUCCGCAUUUGCUGCAGGAAUGUUUCUUUCCUAUGAGUAGCUUCCAGACUUGACAUGAAGUCAAGUGGAGCAUGAAGUACCUUUUCCAGGUUGCUUUACUCUAAGAUGCCUCUUCCCAUUCAGGUGGCUUUGCCUCUGAAGGUGUAAACUUGUUUACCAGCAUACAUAAUGCAAGAAAGCUAUUCAUGCCAAAAACUGGGAUUUGUCUUUGUCACUGCCCCCGAUAAGUGUCAUGAAACAUUACUGAUUUUUUUUUUUCCUUAUUAAUUCUAGUGACCUGGACAUUAGUAGUUAUUUGCACUUUCCAAUAUGGAAGUCCUGGUCUUUUAGGUUUGUGUUGAUUGUGCUGGAUGUGUUUAUGGAAGGUCGGGCAUGCAAAUAUUGCUUGGAAAUACGUAUUUUGAGUACUACUAGUGAUAUUUCAGAAUAUAUAUCUACAUAAAUCUCUCUGCAAGUAUAAGAUAAUUAUCCUUUCAUUUAACUGUAUUAAAUGAAAGAUAAUAUAUUUACUCCCAAUCAAAUCAGGAUGUCAGAAGUAUUGAAGGUUCAACAGCAGCACACUUUUCUGUGGUUAGAUUGGCAGAUGAUCUCGCCUAGUUCAGCUGGAGCAGCCUAUGGUCUGGGGAGGACCUUCCAGUAAAACCAAAAAGCCCUAGGAGCUUCUUUAUUGAAGAAUCAGUGUUACAACUGCUUCUUUGUCAUUUGUCAAUAUUUCUAUAAAUACUGCCAGUCUCAAACUACCCUCAAACGUUUGUUUUAUUUUCUUCUUUGUUCCUUGAAUCAUUUACUUCUGUAAAAUAACAUGCAGGUCUCUGAAGGAUUUCUGGUUUGUUUUAAAUUAAGGAAUUGCAAAGUAAAAUGCUAUCCUUUGUUUUGCAGAGCACAGCACAAGUCCACAAACGAACAGAAAUUAAAAACCUCUGUAAGAGGAAAAAGUUUUGACUGUCAUGUAAAAUAGGAUUGUAAUAAUGUUAAUGAAGUGUUUUUUGAAGUUGUAGGCAUUGUGAUCUGCUUUAAAGUAAGUGUUGCUUUCCUUUUCUGGCUGUAUAGUUGUAACCUACAGUUGUGCCUUAUUGUCCCAGUGAGACUGGAUAUUGUAUUUAUCAAUCCAUAAAUAAACCUUCCACUGUAUUAAAAAUAUAUAUUUCUU